AUGCUAUAACCAAGACCCCCAUUUCCAUCAGGACAGAUGGAUUUGAUUUUAGGAAAGACUGAAACCUACGGAGCAUUAUUUUUAAGUGGAAUUGAGGCUGCUUUGAAUCCAUAAUUAUUGCAAUAAAACUAGAUCGGAGCAGUGCUAACAGUGGGUACGGAAUUGGCUAACCUCAAAUUCGAUUGUGAAUAAAAAUUGAUUAUGUUACAUGAUACUGCUUAUGAUCCUAUCAGAAGACAUUUCGAGGAGGCCAUUCAUUUUAUUGAUGAAUAACGAAAAACUAAGAAUGUUUUAGUCCACUGCUAUGUCGGAGUUAGUAGAAGUGCUACCUUGGUGAUAGCAUAUUUAAUGCAAAUAUACAAUUACUCACUUCAAGCUGCACUUACAUUCCUCAUUAGCAGGAGACCUCAAAUCAACCCAAAUCCAGGGUUUAUGCAACAAUUAUAAUAAUUCGAUUUCGAAUUAAACAGAAGGAGACAACAAAGACCUGCUAGUACUUAGUAUGGUAGAACCUACAAUGACAGAGAUAGAAGAGAAUCUAUGGAAGUAAGAUCAACUAGAUAAUUUCCAAAUUAAAGUCCAUUAAAAAGAGUCAACCAAAAAGCUAUGUCAACCAAAUCAUUAUUUUUGACUCCCAAAAAAAGCGAAACUUAAAAUUAUUUUAAUUUUACACCUGCCGUUAAACCAAAUAAUUCAAUGGAAAUUAAAUAAAUUAUCAAAAGUGCAUAAAAUUUAGACAGUGCUGUCUUAAGAUAAUCAAACUACUUUGGAAACAAUACCAAAAAAUUAGCUGAAACUGCAAUCAAUGGAUUCAAAUCUGCAUCCUCAUUCUGUAAGACUUUCUCAAAUCAUUUUCCAAUGGCCAAAACUCAAAUGCUAGCAUAAACCUAAACAUUACUAAAGAGAACCCAAGGCUCUGGAUUAUGUCAUAAGGGAAGGUAGCCAAUAAGAGCGUAAACUAAGAUUGAAUAUAAUAUAUGA